AUGACCUCCCGAAGGCACUACACUUUGCCACGAACUCUAAUGACUCCUCGCCUGUAUUCCGAAGGGGCGCUGGGCGGCAUUGCCCAAAUCACCCCCUUCCUGUACAUCAGUAAGGGAAGCGUGGCCUCCAACAGGCAGCUCCUCCUGGCCCGCGGGAUCACAUGCAUCGUCAACGCCACCAUCGAGCUCCCCAAUUUCAACUUCCCCGAGUUUGAGUACGUCAAAGUGCCUGUAGCUGACAUGCCAAACGCCCCCAUCUCCUUGUACUUUGACAGCGUGGCCGACAAGAUCCAGAGCGUGGCACGGAAGCACGGCGUGACCCUGGUCCACUGCGCGGCUGGCGUGAGCCGCUCGGCCACUCUCUGCAUCGCCUACCUUAUGAAAUACCAGAAUGUCACCUUGUUGGAGGCCUACAACUGGGUGAAGUCCAGGCGCCCGGUCAUCCACCCCAAUGUGGGCUUCUGGAGGCAGCUCAUAGACUAUGAGCGGGAGCUGUACGGGAGGAACACCGUUAAAAUGGUACAGACUCCGUACGGCAUCAUGCCAGAUGUUUACAUGAGGGAGAGAAGAACCUUCGUGCCUUACUGGGGGAUCUGA